AUGGAGGGGUGCUUAUCAGUAAGACGCUACUUGCACACAGUUUUUCGUCGUAAGUUUUGUUCAUAUUUUUCAAACGAUUAUAGUUUUAAUAAUUAUAGGGUUACAAUAUAUUCGGUGUCUCAAUUUUCAUCCUUAGUCAGCAGCAGGCGACUUGAAAAACUUGGCAGUUAUGUACCUCUUGUGAAAUGUCGUUUGCUUAAUUCAGAAUCAAGCAGUAACAAUGUUAAUGAUACUAUUGACAAAUUCGAGUCAAAGCCUGACUUGAGGUCUUCUAAUAAGAACAAAAACAAAAUAUGGGAGAAAAGAGAAAGUAAAACUGAUUUAAAAUCAACUGAAAACACAGAAAAAAAACAUGUUAAUAUUGGCACAAUAGGUCAUGUUGACCAUGGAAAAACAACACUAUCAUCAGCAAUAACAAAAUACUUGUCUGAGAAAGGUUUAGCCAAGUACACGACUUAUGAAGACAUCGACCGUGCACCCGAGGAAAUAAAACGAGGUAUUACAAUUAAUGCUUCACAUAUUGAUUACUCUACCGAAACUCGUCAUUAUGCUCAUACAGACUGUCCAGGUCAUGCUGAUUAUAUAAAAAAUAUGAUCUGUGGAACUUCACAGUUGGAUGGCGUUGUUUUGGUUGUUGCUGGCACUGAUGGACAGAUGCCACAGACACGCGAACAUUUGCUUUUGGCUCGACAACUAGGAAUUAAUCAUGUUGUUGUUUAUAUCAAUAAGGCAGACUUGGUUGACGAUGAAGUGCUUGAACUGGUAGAAUUGGAAAUUAGAGAGCUUUUAGUUGAUUUUGGAUUUGAUGGCAAUUCUGCACCUAUAAUCUGGGGAUCUGCAUUACUUGCGUUAAAAGGUAAUACAUCUCAUUAUGGAGAAGAAUCAAUAAAACGUCUUCUGAAUGCUUUGGAUAGUUAUAUUCCUGUCCCAACCAGAAAUCUCUCUGCACCAUUUUUGCUUCCUGUUGAAUCAGCUUUAACAGUGCCUGGCCGCGGAACAGUUAUAAUCGGAACCUUGACUCAAGGUGUAGUAAACAAAGGAGAUGCAGCAGAAUUAACUGGAUGUGAUGUGCUAAUUAAAACUAUAAUCAGUGAUCUUCAGAUUUUCAAGAAGUCUUAUACGCAGUGUUUUGCUGGUGAUCACUUAGGAGCUUUAGUACGUAACGUGCGUCCUGAAACAGUCUUUCGUGGAAUGGUAUUGAGCAAGCCAGGAGCCGUAAAGAUGCACAAUCAUUUUAAAGCUCGCAUGUAUCUUCUGUCCAAAGGUGAAGGAGGCAGAAGCAGAGCUAUAAAAUCUUGUUAUAUACAACAACUAUUCAGCAGGACUUGGAACGCCGUUUGUCGUAUUGAUGUAUGUGAUAGUGGAAUGAUAUUACCAGGUGAUGAAGGGGUUGUCAUUUUAACUUUACAGAAGAAAAUGAUCAUGAUGCCAGGACAACAAUUUACAAUUCGAGAAAACAACGUGACAGUGGCCACUGGGAUUGUUACAGAACUGUUACCAAAUCUAGAAAAUGUUUCACAUCUAGGAAAAAUCACACCCAAAUAGAUUAAAUAAUGUUUAUUUAAAUCAUUGUAUAUUUAUUUUGUUGAACUGAAAUGGAUCUUGUUAUACAAAUAAAAAUGUAUUCACUUUUUAAUGUUAUUAAAAACCUAUAAAUCAGCUUAGUUGCAAAAAAGUUAUUCAUUAGAUUUGGAAAAAUAGUGAAUUUAAAAUUUAUACCAGGAUUGUCUCGUUCCAGAUAUAACAAGUGAAUUCACGACAACCACUUUUGUGUA